AUGGAGCAUCUCAAUGAUAUAAGGAACAAUAAAGUAACUAAUACCUUAGCUAAACAUCGUUCAGAUUUUGGUUUGCAACAUACUUUUAAAUUCCUGGUGUUACAGAUUAUUAAUACGUUGAGCACUUAUAUUCCUAUUAACCACCCGCUGAUAGAAGCAUAUAUGAAAUUAACUGAAGACAAACUGUUUCAGUAUUAUGAUCAAUGUUUGGGUAAACAUAGAGAUGGGUUGAAAUAUAAUUUAACCCUUAGUGAAAGGGAGGCUUUGGAUAAUAUGAAAGUGAAUUCUAAUAUUAUUAUAAGACCUGCGGAUAAAGGCAGCUCCAUUGUUGUCAUGGAUUAUAUGCAGUAUGAUGCCAUUAUGAUGGCGAUGUUGAGUGAUUUGACUUUAGCUACUCGAAUAGUUCAACAGCGUAGACAACGAAAUGGGAAAAAACUACGCCAUCCGCCCUUAAGGCCCCAGGUUCGUGCUUUGCUGUGUAAGGCAGAGUUUGACCCCGAAAAGUGGGAAGAUGAUCUCCCCUUGACUGAUGAGGGUGAUAGUGAUUUUGAAAUAGCAAAUUCCCCAUCAGUGGAGAUUAUUGCCACUGUUUGGGAAGGUGCCAACCUUUUCCGACGACAACACUUAGAUGGGCCAUAUGACUGUCUUGAUCCUAUCCCUCUGUUCGAAGAGGAAGAUGUUGCAAAUUUAACGAUGACUUCACUUCGGAUUCUGCUGGUGUUAUUGCUGCUACAUAGCUUAGACAACACACAUGUGACUGCAUUAGAAGAAACCCUUGACAGUACAUUUGUAAAUGACACUAUUGAGGAGGCGAUCCAGAAGGUAGAUGGCGCCUACAAGUACACCGCUGAAGCCAACCAACAAAAACUGUCACAACAUUCCAUCAGUCCUUCAGUACUCCUGUCUGCCUUCAAGCAGCCUGUGAUGGAGACAAAGUCAGCGAUCCGAGCUGCAGAGUACAAGGAUGUAGCUCUGCACCUGAUCCAAUCCCACGUCCUCGAAUUAUACAACGACUCCAUCAGUAUCACAGAUAUCCUGUCCAUAGAAGAUGUUGAGGUAAUUGAUGAAGUCACAGGCUGUGCUGAGCAGACCAAGAAGAAGAAAUGCAAGAACACGUGUUUUUCUCGGAAGUAUCGGACCAUCACUGGAGAGUGUAAUAACAGGAAACACCCUGAUUGGGGUGCAUCAAACACUCCUUUUGUUAGAUGGCUGCCACCACAGUAUGAAGACAACCUCGGUUUACCCCGUGGCUGGACUGAGGGCAAACUUUACUCAGGAUUUCCUCUGCCUCUGGUCCGGAAAGUAUCCAAUAAGAUACUCUACAAUACAGAUGUAAACUUUCCUGGAGACAAGGAACUCUCCCAUAUGUUUGUGCAGUGGGGACAGUGGGUUGAUCAUGACUUGGAUCUCACCCCAGAGAGUCACAGUACUAAGGACUUUAAUGACGGAAUUGACUGCGAGAAAUCCUGUGUCAAGAUGAAUCCCUGCUACCCAAUUCAGGUACCCCCCGAUGACCCCAGGAUUAAGAACAAAAAUACUUGUAUCCCCUUCUUCCGUUCUUCCCCAGCAUGUGGUAGUAGGGGUUUAAGCUACAUGUUCAAGGAUGUCACUGUUCGGCAGCAGUUAAAUGCCAUUACCUCCUUCAUUGAUGCCAGCCAGGUGUACGGCAGCACAGAAACAACAGCAAAUAGCCUGCGUAAUCUUAGCAGCCCAGAAGGUUUGUUGGCUGUCAAUACAAACUUCACAGAUAAUGGACUAGCUUACCUACCUUUUGAAAACAGUACAAACAGUCCAUGCAGACUUAUGCAUAAUGCAUCCGGAGUGCUUACUGAACCUGCAAUACCAUGCUUUGUUGCAGGAGACCCACGAGCAACUGAGCAGAUUUCUUUGAUUGCAAUUCACACACUGUUUUUACGUGAACAUAAUCGGAUAUGCAAGCAAAUGAAGCAGCUAAACCCUCACUGGGACAAAGAAACUAUUUAUCAAGAAGCUAGAAAAAUUGUUGGAGCCCAACUGCAGAUCAUAACGUACAAACACUUCCUUCCACAUGUGAUUGGCACAUCAGCUAUGAAAUGUCACUUGUCUAAAAGGUAUUCAUAUAAUCCAUUUGUCAACCCUGCGGUUGCCAAUGUUUUUGCCACCGCUGCAUUUCGUUUUGGACAUGGUAUGGUCAUGCCUAAAGUGCCUCGCCAGAAUGAAGCCUUCCAAGAACACCCUGAGUAUCCAGAUGUACCCCUCCACCAGGCAUUUUUUGCAGCAUGGAAAGUCAUAAAAGAAGGUGGCAUUGAUCCACUUUUACGUGGCCUGCUUGGAACCCCUGCAAAGCAGUUGAAGCAAGAUCAGCUGAUGAAUAAUGAGUUACGGGACCGUCUGUUUGAAAUUACUCAGCACAUCGGCCUUGAUCUUGCGUCACUCAAUAUGCAACGUGGCCGAGAUCAUGGCAUCCCAGGAUACAAUGACUGGAGAAAAUUUUGCGGUCUGUCUCAACCUCAGAAUGUCGCUGAACUGAGUGCAGUCCUCCACAAUGCAGAAGUGGCCCAGAAACUUAUCGAUGUAUACGGUUCACCCAACAAUAUCGAUGUGUGGCUUGGCGGGAUUUUAGAACCACCAUCCGAUGAUGGGAGAGUAGGGCCGCUAUUCUCCUCUAUCAUAGGAAAACAGUUUCAAAAUCUAAGAGAUGGUGACAGGUAUUUUAUUUUAUUAGUUUUAUUAUUUGUUUAG